CGCGUUUUUCCAGCGUCCUCCUGCGUGUACGCAUGCAGGCUACCGACUGGUCUGAUUUCAUAACGUGGGGGGGAAGAGAGGAAUGGGGCUUUGAGAGCGGAUGAACGCCAGUCCCCGGUAGGCUCGUUGUCUUGUUUCCCCGGGCCAUGCAGAGCGCGCACAGGGAGAUGCUGUAGUGCAGGCUGCUGAUGCUGCGGUCCGAUCAGCUGUUUUCUGCGUCUUGAGCAUCCUCGCCGCGACGGCCAGAGAGAGAUACAGAUCCACCUCCGGAGCCAGGGGCCAGAGCAAAAGCGGAUACCAGGAGGAUGGAGUUCAAACACUUGGUGGAGGCGGCGGAGAAGUGGUGCUCCGGGAACCCGUUCGACCUCAUCUUCGCCGAGGAGAACGACGAGAGGCGGCUGGACUUUUACGCGGAGCCCGGAGUCUCCUUCUACGUGCUGUGUCCCGGCGGGACCGACAGCUUUCACGUGUGGAGUGAGAGUGAGGACUGUCUUCCCUUCCUGCAGCUGGCCCAGGACUACAUCUCGUCCUGUGGGAAGAAGACUCUGCUGGAGGUGCUGGAGAAGGUCUUCACGUGCUUCAGGCCUCUGUUGGGUCUUCCAGACAUAGAAGAUGACAGUUUUGAGCACUACCAGACUGACAUGGAGGGAGAACCUGGGCCCGACCACCAGCAGAUGGGGGUUAGUCAGCAGUGACAACCCCUCCCUUCCCCUGAAGAGGAAGCCUGACCUGGUGAAGAGCUGUUCCACAUUAGCCCAUUAAACAGCACAUGCUCAUACAUACUUACAGUAAACCUGCUGAAAAAAAUGCACCACUAUGUUCUUGAAUGUCUCAGUGGCUUUGCUUCCCAAAGAGUGCACUUUGUUGACCCCUCCAGUCAAUCAACCUCCGACAGACAUACCUGCACACACACACAACCGUUUGAGGCUAUGUAAAGUAGCCGCGUACAAUGGAAGCGUCAUGAUAAUUUAUCAUCUGGUUAUAUUAAAAAAAUCCACAGAACAGCAAUAUCACAUCAGCUUUUUUAUGCAGAAAUCCAUGCAUAUGUUAUGGCAAUACGGACUUUGACCUGAUAUGAUGGUGGCAGGUAGCUUAGUUUCUCUGCCAUGCAAGGGGUUACAUUUGAUCCAAAUGAUUCAUGAAAGGCUGAAAGCUGUUGGUUUGUGGUAACGUGAGGCAGCUGGAGUGAUGCAAGAAGGUGAGGAGGGAGGGCGUUCAGCCAGAAGUAAUUCUUCAUUUUAUGGAGGAAACUAAAUGAGGCCAUACUGAUAGAUGUGGCACAAGUUCAACCGUACCGAUCGCAAUCUAUCCCGUUUCAGACCCACUUACAGUCACACAGGUGUGCAAAACAGCAUUUCAGCAGAGUACAUCAUUUUUGAGGUGUGCUUGUUAAUACUUGCCAGGCAGAACACCUCAAGGGGUUAAAAGUCACUUUUAAAAGAUGUUUUAGUCUGUGCUGCUAUCUCAUGACCAUCACAACGACGCCCCAUGCUGCAUCCUAAAGCCCCUCCUGGUUUGGGUGUCUCAGUAUCACAUGACACCCAGCCGUCUGUAUCCUGUAGUCUUCCUGUUUGUUGGUGGUGGAGAUACCCUCCCAAUGCUUGCCAAAAUCUCUUUUUUGUGUGUUGUUUCGAGUGUGUCGUCUCAUUGAGAGGCUCCUCCUGCUCAUGAGAUUACCAAGGGCACACCCACACCCCUGGGCGAUAUCACAGGGUGGAGAAAUAGUUGUUGUUGCCUGCACCUCCUGCCUAUCAUAUUCUUUCAAAUCUCAAUGUGUCACAUCGAGUGUACUGCACUGCUUCAGCCCCUCUAGCUUUCAACCACUGACUAGACCCACAUGCAAGACUGUCAGGUUUUAUUUGCCCAUUUACUUUGGCUUUGUAAAUGCUUGUGUUUUUAUUUGCCUAUUGAAUGUUUUUCAUGCAGAGUAUCUUUUUAUUUUUAUUUAUUGAUUCUUUUUCUGCCCUCUGACUUGUGACAUUGGUCAA